CAGGAAUGGGGCGGUGCCCGCGGCUCCGGUGCACUCGGGACCAGGCGGGGAGGGAGUAGCGAAUGUUUAUCUGCCCGCGGUGUGAUCUCUGCUCACGCCGCGUUUAACCCGGUGGUGGCGAUCCCGCGGAGUGUGGCUCUUUAACGGCAUUGAAAGAUAUAGAGCAGAGAAUCUCAAAGCUCUGAGAAAGGGAUGAAUCAAACUGAAAUAAGUAAUGCACAUCCAGAGUACAUUGCAUUUGUAUUGGUACCUGUCUUCUUUCUAACAGGACUUCUGGGAAUAUUUAUCUGCCACAUUCUGGCCAAAAAAGGUUAUCGAUGCACAACAGACAGAGAGUCAGAAUGUGGUGAAAAGGUUGCUGACACUCAGAUGGAUUUCUGUGAUAGUAGUGAGUGCAAUGCCGAUACAGUUGGACAAAUGGUGCAUUAUAUUAUGAAAAAUCCAGCUAAUGCUGAAGCAUUACACGCUAUGUUAGACCAUAAUGCAGAAAGCCCUACAAGCCCCAACAGUCCUAAUGGACCUCCAAGUCCUGUUACUCCUGAAAGUCCUACCAGCCCUGUAUCACCAUCUGGAAGCCUAACCAAUCACUCUGUGCAUGGACAUCAUCUGCAUACUGUUGGAGGAAUUGCAGGGAAAAGCACGUGCUCACGUUGCAGCCAUCGAAAAUCGAAGCAGUCAAAGGACUUCAGAAGGAGUCGAGCUGGAGAGGUCACAGUAUUUGCUGUGGGAAGGUUUCGUGUUACACAUGUUGAUCCUAAACCUCAUUCUAAUGAUCAAAAGGUGUUGAUUGCUGCACCUCCAGAUAUGUGUAAUGAGGCAAAUACAGACAACCAAGAAGAGCCAAACUCACCAGGAAGAUUGGAUGUAAAAGAGGAAACUUUGCAGGAAACAAAGGAUUUGCAGAGAGUUUUGUGAUUCGAAUGAACCUCUUAGCAGGGGAUACGUGAACACUUCAGUCAAGAACAGAUUGAGGAGUGAUGAAUAUUUGAGUGAAAACCAAAGUAUGAAGUUGACAUUUGCAUCGAUGAUUGUGCGAAAGUUGGAUUUUUUUUCCGAAUGUCUUUUGUUAUAUUUUUAUAAUGUGUUUAUAUGUGGGAAUUCACAAGAUAAAAAUUAGCAAUGAUCAAAUCAUAUUAAUUAGAUUAAUUUUCUUCUUUGAACCUCGAAUCUAUACAUUGGGACUAAAUGGUCAACAUAAUCAUUUAAAAAAAAUUCUGCAUCCACCAUUCCUACCUGUUGUCAUAACUAACUUCAUGCUUCAUAGUUGCAUUCCGUUUCCUUGUAUAUUUCUGAGUGUUCUAAUUCCUCACCUGAUUUUCAAAAAUAAGAAAUAUUCUAAUUAUCAUUGAUUCAACUUAACAGGAUUUUAAUGAUCAUAAUGCUGUAAAUUACAUCCAUUAGAAAUGGGAGCCCAUCUCAGAACAAAUAAGCUGAUCGUAAAUUUUCAGGGUUUUUUUUGUUGCUCUUCAUUAGUGUGUACAUGAAGCAUUUGUGGAUUUGGCAUGGUAUAAAUGGGGAUAAGAAGGAUUUUAUUCUUUGAAAUGCUAUGACUGUAGGCAUAUGAAUGGUAUAAUUCUAGAUAAUGACUUAACCUCUGCCCCAAAAUAUAUUCAACUGACCAAGAAACAGUCUGACACUGAGCUACAAUGCCGUAGGACUGUACACAAUUGGAUGGACCUAAUUAAUUUUGUUUCCUUUACAACAGGAAAGUAGGCAGUCAUACUAUUUUAAGGCAGUUUCUUCUGAUAUUGGGGAGGGGAAAGUCUGACCUGAGUGCGAAAGAAUUUGCCUUUUAUAGAAGAAAAACUGUGCCUUUAAUCUUUUCCAGUUACUUAAUGUUAACAACAUCAUGGUAUUAAAUGGUUUGAGGACAAAAGUACCAAAGUAUUUGAUGAACAGGUUUUAUUAUAAAAACGCUUAACCUAGAAAUAAAUUUGUUACUUAAGCUAAAUUUUAAAAAUAAUUUCAAGAUGUAAUUCUUGUAUCCCAAAGGCCCUGGAUAUGAUUCCUAAUCUGUGAUAAAUUAGAUAAAGUCAACUAGGACAGCUCUUGAGCAGCUACAAUUGGCUAUUGUGAUAGAACAUAAAAAGCCUAGCAGAAAUCUUGCUCUUGUCCAGGAGGAAAACGUUCUCGCAUGGAGAUUAGGUAAAGACAUUGUGGUUAGGGGUAUUGCCCAUCAUUUUCCAGAACCUCCUGAUUUACUGAGUGGGUUUUCCUAAUUGGGAAAAGAUACUUAAAGUGAGGUGCUGAAGGGCAUCCUCCUCCCACAAACUAUUCCAAAUUUGCACUUCUAAGAUAAGAAGAUUGCAGAAAGUGUGUGUAACCAAAAUGUAAAUUCUGCAAAUAUGUAUGUAUUGCUGUUUGAAGUGAAUGCAGUAUUUUUAUUUGCAAAUUUAUGUGAACAGAAAUAAACAUACAACAAAAUGGGAAUCAACCUGCAUAAAUAAAUACAAUGAAACUUAAUUCAGUACCAAACUGACAGGAUAGUUUAGGAAUUGUAUACAAUGAACCAUUGCAAAGUGAUAAUUGAUUCAGUAUUUGUAAACACUCUUUUGUAAAGGAAAAUGGCAUAGCUGCUUUUGAAAAACUAUUGUAAAAUAUAAUUAUAAAUGUAAUUUUAAAAACAAGCUUAUUGGAUAGUGGCAUUUUUCAUUGUGCCUUAUGAAUUAUAAGACUGGAGGUUUACUUCGUGCUCACGAGCAGAGUUACGGUAAUACAUUGAUUAUAUAGCAACCUUGUUGGGAAGUGUACUUACCUGGACAGAAAAUGGAAGCAGCAUCAAGCUUAGAUAGAUAGAAUAUACUGCUGCAUGGUGAAUAACCUGCUUGCAGUAAUUGUCUGUAUUUGCAUGAAGAAUGUGCUCUAUGCUCUUUCCUUCAAAUAAACUUUUGUAACACUAUAACAAUAAAUGUUUACUGAACAUUGACCAGAACAGUAAAAUGUCACCAAAAUCUGUUUUGUAAUGUUUACAUUGUAAUUAUGUGCAAUAAUGCUUCUUUAACAAAUACACAUCUACAUAUA